AUGGAGGAGAGUGAAACGGUGACGCCCAAUGCGGGCGAUUUGACUAAAUUGACCAAUUUAAUCAUAUUAAUCAAACAAAAGGGUCAAUUAAUAUCAAAAACUUCAUUAAUUGAUCAAAUUAAUAUAAUUAAUAUCCCAAUGGCUAAACUUUUAAAUGAAGAAGAAAAAGAUUCAAAUAAUGAAUCGUUUGAAAAAUUAAGAUUCUUAAUAAACCUUGGGAUCUCUCCAUAUUUCGACUUAUUAACAAAUAAUUCAAAUAAUGAAUCUUCUUUUAAUAUAACCAAGAAAAAAUUUAAUGAAUUAUCGCUAUCUUUACAACAUUUACAACAAAAGAUUCAAAUUCCUGAUUUAAUCAUAUCCACCCAUCCAAAAAUUGUUCAACUUUUAAAUUCGGAUAAAAUUAAUGAAGAAGAAGAAGAAGAAGAAUCUUUAAUUCAUGAUACGGUUUUUUUAAAUGAAUUAACUAAUAUUGUUAAUAAUUGGAUUAAACAAAUUCAAUCAAUUACAAAUUUAAAUCAUAAUCCUUUAGAUGGUGAUUCCAUCUUAGAAGAAAUUCAAUUUUGGAAAUCAAUGGAAUUAGCUCUUUUAUCAAUAAAUCAACAAAUUUUAUCUUCGGAAGUUAAAAACUCAAUUAAAUUUUUGAAUGAAUCGAAAAGAUUUCACAUAACUCUUAGUUUCCAAAAUGAUAUUGGUUUAAAUGAUAAAUUAAACGAAACUAAAAUUUAUAAUUCUUUAUUAAAAGAUUUACCAAUUGAUGAUUUAAUUCAUAUUUCAAAUAAUUUAAAUGAUUCUUCAAAUUUAAUUAAAUUCGAAUCAGUCAUUAUAAAUAUCUUUAAUCAUUUGAAAAAAUUGAAAAAUUUGAAUUCUUUCCCAAUUAUUAGAUCAAUCGAAUUAAUUGAAUUAGUUUUAAAUGAUUUAACUAAAAAUUUUUAUAAAAUUUUAUCUAAUUAUUCCUUAAUGACAAUUGACUUUAAUCAAUUUAGUAAAAUUUAUAAUAAUUCAAUUUUAAAAAUCUUUAAUUUAAUUGAUUCAAAUAUUAAAUUCAUGAUUAAUUUAAUAAGAGAAUUAUUAAGAAAAAGACAAGAAAAAUUUAUAAUUGUUAAAAUCAAUCAAGAUUCUUUUAAUGAAUUACGUGAUAAAAUUCAAUAUUUAAUGAAUUUUAGGUUAAAACAUGAAAAUUUAUUAACUACCCUAUCAAAUUUAUUGCCUUCAAAUAUUGAUUUUUCAAAUAAAAUCAUCGAUACUUAUAAUAAAGUUAUUAUUCCCAUAAAUCCUUUAGAUUUAUCAAAUCAUGGUAAAUUAAUUUGGAAUCAAAAUGAAAAUACUUACUUGGAAUGUUUCAACAAUUUAGAAAAUUUAAUAAUUGAUAAAUUAAACUCAAUUUUUAAUAAUUGUAACAAUUUCAAUGAUUUUAUUUCAAUUUUUAAUAAAUUCAAAAAAUUUAAUACAAUUAAUAAUUCAAAUAAUCUUCUUUCGUUAAUUAGUGAUGAACUUAAAUUAAAAAUAUUAUCCAUUGUUAAUAAAGAAUUUGAAAAAUUAGUUGAAUUAAAUUUGAAAAAACAAAAUCAAAUUAUAUCCUUUUUCAAUUCGAAAGAAUUUAAUGAUCCAAUAAUUUCAAAAAUAAUUUGGAAUUUAAGUUUAACUAAUAAAUUGAAUAAUUAUUUAAUUUAUCUUAAACUUCUUCUAGGUUCAAAUUGGAAUAAAUAUUCUUUAGGUAAUAAGCUUGAUUUAGGAAUUUCAAGUUUAAUUGAUAAUUUGAACCCUGAUAAAAUUUUUAAUAAAUGGUUAGAUGAUUUAAUGUCUUUGAGUUCUAAAAAUAAUUAUAAAUUCAAUUUUAGUGGUCCAAUCAUAAAAAUUGAUGAUCAAAAUAAUGAGUCUUUAGAUUUGAUUGUUAAUUUUGAUUCAAAUUUAAUUAAUUUAUCAAACCAGUUAAAUCAUUUAAGCUCUUUUGGUUUCAAAAUUCCAGUUAAUCUAUUAAUUCAAUUUAAAAAAAUUAAUAGACUACACCCAUUUAUUGUUACUUUAAUUGAACAUAUCGAAAUAUUAAAAACAACUUCAGAUAUUGAAUUAGAACAAACAAAUUAUGGUAAAAAAUUCGGAUUCUUAUUAGAUUAUCAAAAACAAAUAAUUUUAUUACAUUUAAAAGAAGUUCUUUCCAUUGAUUGGAUUCAUAUAUCUCAAGCUUAUGAUUUGCAAAAUAUUUCUAAUGAUUCAAAAGAAAAUGAUUCAAUUGAUAUCAAAAAUGAGGAUAUAAUAGAAAUUAAAUCUUUGAAUAAUUUAACAAUUUUCCAAGACGAAAUUUAUAAAUUGUAUUCUCAAUCAAAUAAAAUUUUAAGAUUCUAUCAAUUCUUAUAUAAUGAUAAAUUACCCAAUUUGUUGACUUGUGAUUUUAAUCAAUUUGAAAUUAAUAAAGUAAUCGAUUCAAUUCAAUCAAAGAUUAUUAAAUUAAGUUAUGAAAACUUUAAUGAUUUUGAGAAAUUCAUACAGAUAAUAAAUGGUGAUAUUCAAAAUGUUUUGAUUGAAAAAUGUCAACAAAAAUUAAAUUCUUUUAAUGAAGCUUUAAUAUCUAGUGAUUCAUCAGACGUUUUGCCUAAAGGAAAUCAUUCAAUUCUAUUUCAAAACCAAUCAUUCAUAUUAUCCCCUCCUUUAGAAGAUACUAAACAAGCUUGGUAUUCAGAAUUUAACAAAUUUUUUGAUAUAAUUGAAAAUCAAUCAAGAAUCCAAAUUGAUGGUAAGAUUGAAAAAUUCAAAAUCACCUCCAAUAGCUCAAUUACUGUUGAUAUACUCCGCAACUUGAAAAUUAUAGAUGAGCUCAUGAAUAAUAGUUUAUCAUACUUUGAGAAAUGGCUUGUUUUGGAAAACCUAUGGGAUUUGGAUUUAAAUACCGAUGAUGAAUUUAACAAGUUGUUCGGCAAUGUCGUGGAACCAAUUACAAUCAAUGAUUGGUUACAAGUUUUUAACAAGAUUAUUAACUUGAGAUCCUUAUUUGAUAGACCUGAAAAUUUCUUCACCAUCAACAACUAUUUACAAAUUGAUUUUGCUAAAGUACAAUCAAGAACUGUAAUGAAAUUUGAUAACUUUCAAAAUACUUUAUUAAAUAAAUUUGCUCUGUCAUUCCAAAUUGAUUUGAUCAAUUUUAAUAAUGAUUUAUUGAAUGCUCGAAACUUAUUAGAACCAACUUUGAAUAUUCAAAUGAUGACUCCUAAAUUAAUAACAGUACUUGAAAAUCAUUUCCAUUACAAAACCAGCAUAAAUAGCAUUCAAGAAAAAAUUUCAAGUUUCAACAAAGGUCAAACAUUACUUCAAAAAAGAAAAUUCAAAGUUCCUCAAGAUUGGAUAUUCGUUGAACAACUCGAAAACAAUUUUUCUAUUGUGAAAACAUUACUAGAAAGAAAGGAUAAAAUUAUUGAAGCCAAUAAUGAAAUUAUAGUCUCUAAAGUAAAAUCCGAGGCAAUUAAAAUGAAUGAAGAGAUUAAAAAAUUGAUAGGCGACUGGUUUAAUAAAAAACCAAUUUCUGGUAAUUUGAAUCCUUCGAAUGCUAUAACAAACUUGAUUGCAUUUGAAGAUAAAGUCGGCCAUUUGGACAAAAGUAAAACAUCAGUCUUGAAAAUUUCUUCAAAUUUGAAAAUUCCAAUUGAAAUUGAGGAAGAUUUGUUUGACAUUGUUGAUGAAAUUGAGGAUCUUAAAUCUGUUUGGUCUUCUAUAAACACAUUAUGGGAAGACUUAGAGAGAGUCAAAUCUUCGAAAUGGUCAGAAGUUCAACCAAGAAUCUUAAGACGCCAAUUAGAUGAUGUCUUGAUGAACUCUCGCUCAUUACCAACUAAAGUCCGUCAAUACGCCGCAUUUGAUGAGAUACAGAACCUUAUCAAAUCUUACUUGAAAAACUUUUCUUUCAUUAAUGAUUUGAAAAGUGAUGCUAUGAAAAAACAUCAUUGGAAACAAUUACUAGACCUGGUGGGCUUCGAAGAUUUGAUUGUCGAGAGUUUAAAGGUCGGUGACGUAUUCAAUUUGAAUUUCCAAUUAAAUGAAACUAUUAUCAAAUCGAUUUUGGUCCAGGCUAAUAAUGAGCAAACUAUCGAAGAUAACUUACUUCUCAUCAAAAAAGAAUGGUCAACGAUUACCUUCGAAAUGUUCAACUACGAGAAUAAAUGUCGUUUGAUCAAAAAUUGGGAUAAAUUGUUUGAUCAAUGUGAUAGUGAUUUAAAUACCUUAGCGAGUAUGAAAAAUUCUCCUUACUAUAGUAACUUCGAGCAAAAAAUCAUUUCCUUGGAAGACCAAUUGAACAGAUUAUUUAUCUUGUUAGAUACAUGGAUCGAUGUCCAACGACAAUGGGUUUAUCUCGAUGGUGUAUUCGGGAAUAAAAAUAACGAUAUGAAGAAUUUAUUGCCAGUUGAGUCGACAAGAUUCACAAAUAUUACCUAUGAAUUCUUCGGAAUUCUAAAGAAGGCGAACAAAUAUAACUUAGUCUUGGAUGUAUUGUUAAUCAGUGAUAUACAGCCAGUUAUGGACAAAUUUUUAGAAAGUCUUGUCAAAGUUAGAAAAUCUUUAACUGACUAUCUUGAGAAACAAAGAGAACUAUUUCCUAGAUUUUACUUCGUCGGGAACGAAGAUCUAUUGGAGAUUAUUGGUAGUGCCAUUGAUAUCAACCGUAUAAACAAACACUUUAAGAAGAUGUUUUCGGGUAUUAACUCUGUUGAUUACCAAAAUGAAAGCUCUACAAUAGUUGCUAUCAAUAGUGAACAGGAAGAAAAGCUUCAAUUAUCUACCCCUGUAUCUUUGAUCAAAUAUCCUAGGCUAAAUGAAUGGUUAAGAGAGUUAGAAUUAGAGAUCAAGUUUACACUUUCAAAAUCAGUAAAGGAUUGUUUGAAAGAUUUUACUGAAUGUUUCAAGAACGAUCAGUUUGACGGUUUAAGAGAAUGCAUAAAGCUCUAUAGCACCCAGGUAUUAACUCUUACUCUUCAAAUUUUUUUCACAUCAACUACUGAAAAAGCUAUCUCGGACAAUUCUUUAACUAAAACUGUUGAAGCAUAUGGAAGAUUGAUCAACGUGAUGUCGACUCUUAUAUCAUCAAACUCGUUUGAAAAUAAAGAAAGAAAGAAGCUCGAGUGCUUAGUUAUUGAAAUGCUUCAUGAAAGAGACAUUUUAUCAUCUUUGCAUAGUACAAGUACCCAAGAAGAAUUGCAGUCUAUUUGGAAUGUUCAACAAUUGUUUUAUUAUAAUACCGAUUCCACUGACCUCGUUACUAACUUAAAAAUAAAACAAGCUGGUGCUGAGUUUACAUAUGGAUAUGAAUAUUUGGGGAUUCCAGAUAAACUUGCUUAUACUCCAUUGAUAGAUAAAUGCUUCUUAGCCAUGACUCAAGCUUUAGAUCAAAGAUUGGGAGGAUCUCCAUUUGGUCCUGCUGGUACAGGUAAAACAGAAUCGGUUAAAGCCCUAGGAAAUAACUUGGGUAAAAUGGUAUUAGUAUUUUGUUGCGACGAAGCUUUUGAUUUUCAAUCAAUGGGAAGAAUCUUCUUAGGUUUAUGUAAAGUGGGUUGUUGGGGCUGUUUUGAUGAGUUCAAUAGGUUAGAUUCGAGGAUUCUUAGUGCAGUCUCAUCCCAAAUUGAAAACAUUGAACUUGGAUUAAGUGGAAAAAGUGAACAAAUAGAAAUCUCAGGUAAGAGUUUAACUGUCAACCCUGAAACAGGUAUUUUUGUGACUAUGAAUCCUGGUUAUGUUGGUAGAUACGAGUUACCAGAAAAUUUGAAAAAACUUUUUAGAAAUUUUUCCAUGGAAAAGGCUGAUAGUGAAAUCAUUGCUGAUGUAUUACUAACAUCUCAAGGAUUUGUUAAUUCAAGAAAAUUAGCUUCCAUUGUUGUCCCAUUUUUUAUCGGUAUAGAGGAAAAUACAUCCAAGCAAUCUCAUUACGACUUCGGGUUAAGAACUUUGAAGAGUACUUUGAAUAAAUGUGGACUGAUAAUGAGAUCGUUGCCCUCCAACACGUCGGAUUCAUUAUUAUUUGAAUCCAAAUUAGUCCUCCAGAGUAUCAGAGAGACAAUUGCUCCAAAAUUAAUUAAAGAGGAUGAAGUGGUAUUACUUGACUUGAUUGACGAGUUUUUCCCCAAUGUAUCGUACGAUAACCUUGAUCAUACCAAUCUAAUGACUGAACUAGACACUAUUGCCAAGAGAGAUGGUCUUACAGUAACUGAAAAUUGGGCCAAUAAAUGUUUGCAAUUGUCCCAGAUGCAAAGCAACCACCACGGCUUAAUGUUAGUAGGUUCUGCUGGUUCAGGAAAGUCCGUUAUAUAUAAGCUGGUCCUAGAAGCAUUAUCUAAAUUAGAUGGAACUGAUUAUUUAACUUUUGUUAUUGAUUGUAAAGUUAUUUCGAAAGAUGAAAUUUAUGGUUAUUUAGAUGUUGUGACAAGAGAUUGGACGGACGGUUUAUUUACCAGUAUCUUAAGAAGGAUCAAAAGUAAUUUGAGAGGUGAGUUGUCUAAAAGAAUAUGGAUCGUGUUUGACGGUGAUAUUGAUCCUGAAUGGGCAGAAAAUUUAAACAGUGUUUUAGAUGAUAACAAGUUAUUAACCUUGCCAAAUGGUGAAAGGCUCGAAUUACCUCCUAACAUCAGACUAUUGUUUGAAGUAAACAGCUUGAAAUAUACUACAUUGGCAACUAUUAGUAGAUGUGGUAUGAUUUGGUUUGAUUCGUCAUUAGUAUCUACAAAUGCGUUGUUCCAAAAAUUCACUCACGAGCUCUCUACUGUUGCUAUAGAUUUGAAUGAAGAACAUCUUAACGAUAUUUCCAAUACUGAAAUCAUUGAUAUCCAAGAAUCAUUGGCUGCUGAUAUUCUCAAUAUAACUAGUUCAAACUUAUUUUCAAGAGUGGCAGCUGAAGCUGAAAAUUUAAACCAUAUUAUGCCUUUCACAAUUCAUAGGGUUAUUGGUGCUUUCUGCACCUUGCUAAAGGUUUACUGUCGUCGUUUUGUCACUUAUAGAGCAGUAAAUAAAACCAUUCCCAUCGACGGUAGCGAGAAAUAUAUAAAAAUGGCAAUUAUUUUAUCAUUUAUUUGGUCUUUUGCUGGUGGAAGUUCAUUAAGUGACCGUGAAGAGUUCGGGAGAUCCAUUUCUUUAUUCGAAGAAUUCAAUGGAAUAGACGAGUUACCUGAUAAGGAUUGUGCAUUUAUUGAUUAUGAUAUAUCUUUGCCGGAGUGUCAAUGGGUUAGCUGGAGUAGGAUCGUUGGAGUGAAAGAUUUAGAACCUCAACAUAUAACUAAUCCAAAUACGGUGGUUCCGACCUUAGAUACCGUCAGACACGAGUCAUUAAUAUAUUCUGUUUUAAAUGAACAUAAAACAUUAUUGCUUUGCGGUCCACCUGGUUCCGGUAAGACAAUGACUUUAUUGGAAGCUUUAAGAAAGUCUCCUAACCUUGACGUCUUACCUUUGAACUUUUCCAAAGACACCACUCCAAAGUCAAUGAUGACCUCUUUAGAGCAAUAUUGUCAUUAUAAGAAAACAAAUAGUGGUGUCGUCCUUACGCCUAAAGUGAAUGGUAAAUGGGUAGUGGUAUUCUGCGACGAAAUAAACUUGCCAGGAGUUGAUAAGUACGGUACUCAGAGAGUCAUUUCACUUUUGCGACAAAUGGUGGAGAAUGGAGGGUUCUGGAAAGUCAAGGAUAAGCAAUGGGUGACAUUAUCUAAUGUUCAAUUUGUUGGUGCCUGUAAUUCUCCUAAUGACCCAGGCCGUCAUCCUCUAUCAGACCGUUUACUUCGUCAUGUUAGUUUGAUUAUGGUUGAUUACCCAGGUAAAAAUUCUUUGAGACAAAUUUACCAGUCCUUUACUUUGGCUGUUCUUAAAUGUGCCCCCGACCUCCGUACUUAUAGUUCAUCGGUGACAGAUGCUAUGAUCGAGAUAUAUCAAAAAACCAAGGACAAGCUAACCUCAGAAUUGCAGGAUCAUUAUAUAUACUCUCCUCGUGAAUUGACAAGAUGGACAAGAGGUAUAUUGGAAGCUCUUAGGGCAGUGGAGUAUCAAUCCUUAGAUGACCUUAUCAGGUUGUGGUAUCAUGAAGGUUUGAGACUAUUUUAUGAUAGACUAGUGAAGGACGACGAACGUGAUUGGACAAAGACCAUAUUCAAGCAAACAAUUGAGCAAUUUUUCCCGAACAUAGAUGUUGAUAAUGUUACAAGAGAACCUGUUCUCUAUUCUAAUUGGUUGACUUCGAAGUAUGAGCCGGUAGAUGAAGUUGAGUUAAGGUCUUUCGUCUCCGAGAGGUUGAGGGUCUUUAGCGAUGAGGAGAUUGACGUGAACUUGGUGCUUUAUGGGGAUUUGUUAGACCAUUCUUUAAGAAUUGAUAGAGUUUUAAGACAACCUCAAGGCCAUAUGAUUUUGGUUGGACCCUGCACAAGUGGAAAAACAACUUUAGCAAAAUUUGUUGCCUGGAUCAACGGUUUGAAAAUAAUUCAAUUAAAUGUUAGCAGAAAGUACACGCUUGAAGAUUUUGAUGCUACACUCAGAUCUAUACUUUUAAGAUGUGCAAAUGGUGAAAAGGUAUGUUUCCUUAUAGAUGAAUCAAGUAUUCUUGAAACUUCAUUUAUUGAACGAAUGAAUACUCUCUUAGCUAAUGCUGAGAUUCCAGGUUUAUUUGAAGGAGAUGACUACAAUCAUCUUAUGAAUUUAUGCACAGAACAAUCUCAUAGUCAAGGUUUAUUAUUAGACUCAAACGAAGAAUUGUAUGAAUGGUUCACCAAACAAAUUUCAGAGAAUUUGCAUGUGGUCUUUACAAUAAGUGACAUGCAAAAUUCUAACAAACCACAAGUGAUAUCUUCACCCGCAUUAUUCAAUAGAUGUGUUUUGAGUUGGAUGGGUGAUUGGUCGAAUAAUUCUUUGUUUGAAAUUGGAUCUCGCUUAAUUGAACCCGUUCCCCUUGACUUAUCAAGCUAUUCAAUUCCUGAAUCUUAUGAUAGUGACAUCUUUUCUGACAUCACUGGAUUCAGAGAUGUUAUUGUGGAAGUGGUCAUUUAUUUCCAUCGUGUCGUCAUAGAUUAUGAAAGUACCUUGAAUCAUUUCAAGACUCCGAGUCAGUUCAUGGCCUUAAUCAAAAACUUCAUUGAAAUAUUCACAAACAAGCAGUAUGAAUUAGAAGAAAACCAAAGACACAUUAGUAUCGGUCUUGAUAAAUUGAGAGAAACGGUAAUUCAAGUCAAUGAAUUAAAGCAUCAUCUUUCGAAGAAAAAAGAGUAUUUGGCGUUAAAAGACCAGGAAGCAAAAACUAUGUUGAAUAAAAUGCUUACCGACCAAAAUGAGGCCGAACGUAAGCAAGAAUUCUCUGUUGCCACGCAAGAGGAAUUGAGUAAGCAAGAAGUUGAAAUUGAAAUGAGAAGAUCAGAAGUAAUGAAAGAUUUAGAAUUAGCUGAACCUGCUGUUAUUGAAGCACAGCGAGGAGUUCAGAACAUCAAAAAGCAACAUCUUACAGAAAUUAGGAGUAUGUCAAACCCUCCAGCUGCUGUCAAAAUGACAAUGGAAGCUGUUUGUAUAUUGAUUGGUUACGAGGUAUCUAGUUGGAGAGAUGUUCAACUAAUUGUCCGUCGUGAUGAUUUUAUUGCUAAUAUCGUCUCAUUUGACAAUCUGCUGCAAUUGACUCCAGAUGUUAGAAGAUAUAUGGAUAAAGUCUAUCUCUCUAGGGAAGGGUUUAACUUUGAAACAGUUAACCGUGCCAGUAAAGCUUGUGGUCCCCUUUUACAAUGGGUUCAAGCUCAAAUGGCAUAUUCAAGUAUAUUAGAAAGUGUUGGUCCUUUAAGAGAUGAAGUCAUUGCUUUGGAAGCACAAACAAAGAAUACCAAAGCUCAAUUAAUUGCUGUGGAUGAAAUGAUUCAUGAGCUUGAAGAUAGUAUCGAAAAAUACAAGGAUAGCUAUAGUGGCCUCAUUAGAGAAGCUGAAAAUAUUAAGCUCGAAAUGAGCUCUGUUGAAAAGAAAGUCAAUAGAAGUAUGAAGUUGAUAGAUAAUUUAACAAGUGAAAGAUAUAGAUGGAAAUCCAGUAUAGAUAAAUUCGGAAUCGAAAGAGAAAGAUUAAUUGGUAACUCUCUAUUAGCUGCUGCUUUUCUAGUCUACGCCGGAACCUUCGAUCAAAAGGGUCGUGAAUUAUUGAUUUCAGAAUGGAAACUGAAAUUGACGAAUGCAAACAUCCCAUUCGAUAAUUCAUUGUCAGUUUCCGGAUAUUUGGCAAAUGGUGGUGAAAUCUUGAGGUGGCAAAACAGUGGAUUGACCAAUGAUACACUCAAUUUUGAAAACUUCACUAUCAUGAAAUCAACAAAAAUUCCAUUAAUUAUUGAUCCUUCAUCACUGAUAGUGAAUGUGAUCACCGAAUCAAAUCUUCCUAAAAAAACCACUGUUACAAGUUUCUUGAAUGAAUCUUUUGUGAAACAACUUGAAAACUCUUUGAGAUUCGGUGGAAUAAUUUUGAUCAAAGAUGCCGAAUAUUAUGAUCCUAUACUCGAUCCGGUUCUUAGGCACGAAGUUCAUAGAAAUGGGGGUCGUAUGGUUGUGAAGUUAGGUGAUCAAGAAAUUGAUUUUUCUGAAAAUUUUAAAUUAAUUUUAUUCACAAAAGACUCUCUGAUUGCUUUAUCAUCAUUUGUUGCUGCAAGAACCUCGGUGGUAAAUUUCACAGUAACUAGUGGUAGUCUUGAAGAUCAAAUCUUAAAUACUACUUUACAGUUCAUAAGACCAGAUAUCCAAGAAAAGAGAAAUCAAUUGGUGAGUUCGAAAGGUGAAUACAAGGUUCGUCUCUAUAACCUUGAGGAAGAGCUUUUAGCCUCUUUGAGUGAUACUUCAGGCAAUAUUCUAGAUAAUGACUACGUUGUCGAGACUUUGGAAAGAUUGAAGGCAGAGGCCACAGAGAUAGAUUAUAAGAUCAGCGAAUCGGAUGAGAUUAUGGCAACAGUUGACGAAGUCAGAAACAAGUAUGAUGAUGUUGCCAAACAUUCAGUAAAAAUUUUCAAUGUCUUGAAGAGCUUAACUUCAUUCAAUAAAUUUUAUGCUUUUUCUUUAGAUACUUAUACUUCAAUUUUCACCUCUGUUUUAAAGAGCAGAGUCAAGAACUUAGAAAUUGAAGAAUUUAUCAAAGAGCUUUAUAAAGAGACCUUCAGUGUGGUUAUUCCUUCAUUAUGUUACUCUGAUAAAAUCAGUUUUUCGUUAGGCUUGUUACUCAGUUUUCAAAGAUUAGAAAUUGGUCAACAAUUUGCCAAUACGCUUUUGACCAUUUGCAAAGCAAUUAUUAAUAAAAACUAUGAUAAAGAUAUUAAAAAGAUUCUCAUGGAAAGCAUUGCUAGCUUUGACAAAGGAUCAAUGUUUGAAAGUGAGGAAGAAAUUGAAAGCGUUUUUGUUCAGAAUCCAGAAAAUGAAACCUUAAAUGUGUUGAAACCGUUAAUACAAUCGUUGAGAAAAUGUAAUACCGAAAGGAAAGAUGCCUUUAUGGAUGCUUUUAUAGAAUUAUGUUCCUUUUUAUUUACUGGCUCUGUUCCAUUCAGUUCUAAAUAUGAGCUCAAGGACUGGGUAAAGGAAAAUUGGAAGCCAAUUCUUUUGGCAUCUCCCGAAGGAUACGACGCCACAUUUAAAGUUGAGCAACUUGCUAAGGAGCUAAAUGAAAAGUUAGUUAUUGUUUCUAUGGGGUCCAAGGAAGGUGUUGAGAUUGCCAACAAGGAAAUUGAUCAAGCUAUGAAAAAGAAUAAUUGGGUAUUAAUACAAAACAUUCAAAUGUCCACCAGCUGGUUGAAUUUCUUAGAGAAAAAGAUUGAAAAUGUUUCUAUUGAAUCGGGAUUCAGGAUUUUCAUGACGUGUAAUUUAUUGUCUAAUAACAUUCCAAUUGGCUUAAUCAAUUCUUCCAAAGUAUUGACGUUUGAAAACCAACCAGGAUUAAAGAAUGUUGUGUCUGAAACUUUUAAAUCAAUUCCAAAUGAAUUAAUGAAGAUUGAAGUUAGUGAAUUUAGACAUGUUUGCUUCUUAUUGGUUUGGUAUCACAGUGUCAUCCAAGAAAGACUUAGAUAUUCACCAAUUUCUUUUACUCAACAGUACGAUAUAAAUGAUUCUGAUUUCACUGCUGGACUAACUGUGAUCAAAAAAUUAUUUGAACCAUUGAUUUCAAAAGGAAGAACCAACGUUGAUCCAAAUACUAUUCCAUGGCAUGAACUACAAUAUUUGAUUGGUGAGAUUACUUAUGGUGGUAAGAUCAAUGUCAAAAGUGACUUUGAUUACUUUGUUAAUUUGAGUAAAGCUUUAUUCAAGGUGGAAUCUUUUGAAAAUGAUUUCAAUUUGAUUGAUAAUGAAUUAUCUAAUAAGCACAAUAUAAAAUUGAAAUGCCCUGAAGGUAUUAGUACCGAGGCUUACACAACAUGGAUAUUCAAAUUACCUAAUAAGACACCAUUAAGCUGGAUUGGAUUAGAAGAAGAAGUUGACGUUUUGGUCCGUGAAAGUGAGGGCCAAAAUGUUGCAUCAAAAGCGAUUGAGUUUAUUUAAUGUGAAAUGUUAACCAGAAAAAACACUAAAAACAAAAAAAAAAAAGAUAGCAUAGUAUUUAAGCAUAUAUUUUUAACGAAACUUAUAGAAUGAUA